GUUUUCCUUGCAUAGAUUAAUGUUUUAACUACUUGCAUGCCAAAUUUCAAGUCACUGGUUCUUAAAAUAACAAAGAUAUACGUCAUCGUUCUCUCGAUUUCACUUGUUUAUUUUUACUAGGACAUUUACCGGUCCAGGUCACGGAGUCGUUUCUCGCCUAUGACAGCAGCGAAAUUCAGACUAGUAUGGAAGAUUUCAGACCUGUCAAUUAAAAUUUCACAUCAAUUAUACGCUACUUACUUCCUCAUAUUUUAAUAAUGUUCUUCGUGUAGACGUUACACGACUUAUUUUUCCUCAGCAGCAUCAACUGUUGACAAGAGCUGCCGUUUUAAUGAACGCACUAUUCUCUUUAGAGAAGUCGAGAGGCAUAGCCUUCAUCGACUUCUCUUCGCAAGCAUUCAUGUUUUGAUUCUGGAAAACGUGUAAAUGCCGGAGUCGGUGGCGGUUUAUGCUUCGACCGACGUUUCGACUCAGAUGUGCCUGGAUUUACGCAAUAGGCAAGUUGUUUUCAAACAUUUAACAGUAACGCACAAAACUGUCACAAGGAAAUCAACACUUACUUACUUUUAAUCCAUUUUCAACCUGUCCCCUGUCCCGGGUUUACGUUAACUGGUCUUGGGAGCUGUCACAACAGGGGACCAGUUAAGGUAGCUCCAUCCUCAUGUGACUUAUCAAUAUUAAUGGUUAAAAGUGGAAAAACUGUAUUGAUUUCCACUCAAUAUAGUUUAAUAUAAUUAAUAACCAAAGAAAAUAUAUAUGUUGCCACCUUUUUAAAGAUGUCAGACAUACAAAAACAGAAGUAUACAUCAACAUCAGAAAAUCACAUAUUUUCGUUAAACAGAAUAAUAAACAUAGAUAAAAACUUGUUGAAGCGACAAAAUUUAAAUAUCAACAGUUUUAAAAAAAAACCUGAUAAUUCAUAAAUAUGUAUAGAUUAAUUGUGGAUACUAGGUAAACCAAUGUAUAAUAGAUAUCAAGUAGAGGAAAUUCCAGCAUAGGAGUUAUUGCCCUUGACAAAAUUAUUUUAAUCAUAAAUAAUUGAUUAUCUAUGAAAAAUGUAAACUUUUUCCGUAUUAAUAGUUUACCAGAUUUUUUAUUAUAUCUAGUGAAUAAAAUUCCUCAGAAAGAUAUAUUUCUAUCAUGCGCAAAGUUUAAUUUAUUAAGAUUUUUGCAAAAACCUAUGACAUCACAUGAGGAUCGAUCAAUCUUAAGAGAAAAGCAGGCUGACGUAAUCGGAGUUGUGAUUUAAACCCGGGACAGGGGCAUGUUUUAAUCUCAAUCGCGUUAAAUGGAUAGACGGAUCCUCAUGUACCCCCUUUAAUAUUCAGAUGUUACUGGGCGUUUAGGGCUAGGAGAAUUUCAUAAUAUAAAUAAUAUAUAUUAUGAAUGAAUUAUACUUUACUUACUUAAAAGUUAAGAUUAUUACAUGGGACACGCCAAUGACCAUCUUGAACAUGCUUCGCUCGGUCCAAUGGUCACACCGUGUAUACACAUUACAAAGACAAACGAAACAUGCGUUUGUGUAAGUUUUUUCAUCAUUACAAAAUUACACAUGUAAUAUUGCUUUGCAUGAACACGAUGUCGUUAUCAUUAUCAAUACAAAUCAUUACGAGUUACGACAUGUUCACAAAGAAGGAUAACCCUCGCAUCCUUUUGAGCAUUUUUUCCCCCACAUCCUCUGUAUUCGGGGGGUUUCUCCCCCGUAUUACGCAUGCGCCGAUAAAUACUCCUUUCCUAUAUUCACUUCGAUAAAAAGUCAACCAAAAACCGAUGUAUAUCACGUAAUUAUUUCAUUGAUAUUGAUUGAUCGUGGUUUUACUCCGUUUUGUAAUUCAUUGAUAUAAUGUUUGUCUAUAUUGAUAUGAACUUAUAUUCAAGUAAAGCUAUGACAAAGUCUGUCAAAACUGAACUGUUCUUCAUCUUAUACUAUAGAAAUGAUGCAUCGAUAAUACACGCGAAGUCAUUUACUGCAAUACUGAAGUUUUAUAUGUUUUCCGAUGAACUCUUGAAACCUAUGCAAUGUGUAAUAUGCAUGACCUUGAAGCUAAAUUCCAUAAAUAAAAAGAAUGAAAAAAUAGUAUCUAUAAGCUGUAAUUACAAACCAUCAAUUUUAAUCAUACACUGCCCAGUCAAUUGUCAUUUGGAUGCACUCAUUCUCUAGGCUGUCAUGACUUUCCAGGCCUUUGGUCCCUUUUUAUGACAAUCAACCAGUGCUUAUGUAUAUUUUCGAUCUUCCCAAAUUCAUGUACGGGAUUUUGUCGCCGAACGAGAUGAUUAUUCCGAGAAGAAAAUGUACAUUAUGUAUCUUUGUAUGAUUUUCUCAGUUUACUACAUUCACAACGAUACAACGAGUAUUAAUGCAUACAGGUUUCUACAGAAUUAAAUGAAGAUUCGUUCGCGUUCCAUUAAAUUCAUCUAAGUGCAACUGAAUAAAAACAAUCAUGACUGUCAAGAAUAGAACCAUGCCCUCAUUUUAGUUUUGCGAGCACCUACAAACAUUGAACGCGCAUCGCUGAACUUCGUAUAGAGGGGAGAUAUACAUGGGCGUAUGCAGUUAUAUAAUAUCAUGCAAAAUGUUUAUGAAUCAGACCUCAAAGAUAAGGCUACAGAUGGAGGGAUUCUGUCGAUUUCUAAUUACAGUGGAAAUGUUUUCAGAAUAGAUCAUCGAAACGGCUUCUUCUAAUGUUUUGUAAAUCUCUAGAAGGUCUCUUGAGAAUUUCAUCAACUUUUGUCGAUCUACUGGAUUAAUUUGACGAUGUCAGACGUGGAUUCAACUCCAGCAAACAGAAGUAAGCGCCUUCCCAUUGUGGUAGGCAUUCUGGUGGCCGUUGUUGGAAUUGCUGCUGUUGUAAUUGGUGUGACCGUUCACCUAUCAGUAGGUAAAGAAGAUGAUAACGUUGGAAAAACUUCGGCUCUGGAACAAGGAGUUCCUGUAAUUCCAACAGAAGAACCAUUUGGUAACAUCAAAGAUGGCAGACAAGUUAAAAGAUUUACUUUUACCAACAAGAACAACGUCACCGUCAGAAUCAUCAGUUAUGGAGCUACUAUAACUGAUAUUUUAAUGCCGGACAAAAACGGAAAGAUUGUUGAUAUUAGUCUGGGAUUUGACACAGCAGCAGAAUAUGAAGAUAGACAUUCCUACAUCGGAGCGGCUCUUGGCCGUAUUACCGAAAGGUUAAAAGGGGCACGUUUUACCAUAAACGGCGUGGACUACAAUGUGUCGGCAAACGAAGGGCAGAACCAGCUCCAUGGAGGGUUUUCUGGAUUUGAUUCUAAAUUAUUUGAUGCCAAAAUUGAAGGGGACAAGGUUGUGAUGACGUACGCAAGUCCAGAUGGGGAGGAGGGUUUUCCAGGGAAGCUUACUUCUAUUUUUACCUUCCAAUUGACCAAUGAAAACGAACUUAUUCUUGGAUAUUCGGCACGGACAAAUAAAGCAACCCCUGUCAAUCUGUCCAACCACGUUUACUUCAAUCUGGCGGGACACAAAACGGGUAAAAACGGCAACCACGUGCUAACGGUAUAUUCGGGUGAAUAUGUCCCGCUUGAUGAAGCUUUUCUUCCCAUAGGUGACGGGAAAAUAGCAGUUGUCAAUGGAACGCUUUUUGAUUUAAGAAAGCCCACACUAGUCAGAAAAGUUAUCAGAGACAUCAUAGUUUCGUGUUAUGUGUUUGGAGACCGAGGAAAAAUGAAACAUGUUGCAAAACUGGAGAACCCAGGAAAUGGUCGUUACAUCGACGUAUACACAACAGAACCGGGUUUAGAUGUGUAUUUCUCCUCCCACAUGAAGCCAAAUCUUUACGGAAAAGAUGGAGCGGUUUAUGGGCCGUUUGAGGAUGGAGGCGUCUGUCUUAUUCCUUUGCAGUUACCUAGCGGUGUGAACAUGCCUAACUUCCCUGAUACUGUACUGCGGCCAGAAGAAACCUACACACAGACAACGAUUUACAAAUUUGGAAUUCACCCAGAUAUUUGAAAUGUAUUUGUGAAAAAGAAGUAUCAGAAAAACUGUCCUCAUUUUUCUUAUUGAAUUAUAAAGGUUCACAAUUUCCUCAAAAUAUGACUGACGUAUGAAUACCGUUUGAAGGCAACCAAUGGCCACGGCCCUUAGGAAAAUUAGUCUUUAAGCAUGUGUAUAGGAGAGGUAGGUUCACUAUGGCAAAAUCGACCCAAUUGCUUUGCAAUACGCCGGUUUCAAGAUACAUUCGAGUUAUUUCCCUUUGAAGAACUCUCGUACAUAGUAAGGCGCGAAGCAACUUCUUUACAUGCGGGAGUGGGACGAAUAUUCAUCACUGCAUAAGUAAAUGUAUUCAGUAUUUUUCUCAUACGCUGUUUCAUCACCCAAAUUUAACUGAUACACAAACUAAGUGAUAAGUAUUCAGGGAGUAAUUAAACACAUGGAAUUCUUAUUAUAUCACGUAAUUUCGUUGGUCGUAGGUAUCAUAUCCAGGAUAUUACUUUCAAAUAUUACAUUGUUUUUAUGUUUAUGGUUUAGUAAAACAUUUCUUUCGAUAGUAUUUUGUAUUUCCUACAUUUAAAUAUCUAAAGAGAAGCCACUUUCAAUACAUUUUAUCGUCUACCUCACUGACUGUAGGUUCACUCUGUCCCACUUAGGCACUCAAGUUCUACUAAAUGUACCUCCUACACAGGAGAACUCUCAUCUCGAAACUGGCGUAUUGAACAAUCCAGGUAGUGUUGAAUUUAUUACAUAGAUAAACAACUUUUAAAAAACAAGAAAUUUCAAAAUUAUCCCACCGAUUUGAUUCUAUUAACACCUUUAUGGGAGUACUGAAGAUGUAGAAUUUAAACCACUUACAUAUUAUAUUUGACGGGUGAUAAGAUAUCCGAUGUAUCGGCCAUUGUAACGUAUUGACAUUCGAAGUGUCCGUGUGCAUGCAUCUAUGAAGGAUGUUGACAACUGUAACGCAUUUCAUCAUCCGUCAAAAUCGUUCAUAUACAGCAAUUUCUGACGAUGCUGUAAAGUUCACUCUGUGUCACGAUCCAAAAUAACAAACUACUAAAAUUGGAGUAUGCUGUAUGUCAUGAUUUAAGUCAGGUGGGCUGCAUAUAUUCUAUUGAUGAUCUAGGUAAACUAUAUUCAUUGUCAGUUUCUCUGGUGUCAAUCACAUACUCUCCUUUGAUGGGAAUAUACCAGUGCUUAGUAGUUUAAUCAACAGUCUAAAUCCACACCGCAUUUACAGCUUGAUUGAUUGAGGCAGUGUGCAUAAAGUAUCGUGUCCAAGGACACAAGGCAAAACAAUGAUGCUGAUAUUCGCCCCUCAGAUAUUUCCCGUACGCCUUUGACAACUGAUACAACGAAUUAUGGUGUUAUAUAUAUAUAUAUAUAUAUAUAUAUAUAUAUAAAUGCAGCCAUUCCACUGACAUGGAAUUUCUCUGAGAUUAAAGGUGGAACUGUGAUUGGCAUUAGGCAAUGUGUAUUGUAUGUUUAUUUUCAUUGUUGCGUAUGCUAGAAGACUUGUGGCAUUUCUUUUCCUCCAUAUACUGAUAUAAAUAUAUUUACAAUAAACUGUGACUAUUUGUUUUAGAUGUGAUGUUAAAUUGAGAAAUUAAACAUUUCUGGAAUUGUUGAUAUCACAUUAUCCACAUAAUUUUGUAAAAUUUAAUUUGCGUGCUAUGUUACAAUGUGUCUUACUGGUUUUUAAAAUAUCAAUUCUGAUGUUGAUAUCUUCAUUGAUAGAUAUGAUGAAAUAAAUAUUUUGACAUUC